AUGUCGACAAUUAUAACAACUCCGAGAAUAGAACAAUUACUAGCACCAUUAUUGGCAUCUCUACCCGCAGCUUCAGUAUCUCCCCAACCUCCCACUGCACUUCUCCCUUUACUAUCGCCAAUUUUACGCCAGAGAGUUCAAAUCUUGUCUUCAACGUCGGAUGAACCAUGGCUUGGACUACUCUGCUAUGAUGCCUCAAACAUUUCAAAGUUAGAGAAAGCUACAAGAAAUGGUCGAUUAGAAGCACAUCCUGUUUCUGGAGAGGUCGAGGUUGAUUGGGAGAGUGAGGUUGGAAUACAAUAUCGACGACUCGAUGAAGAGACUUUGCAGGCACUUGCUCUUCUCAAAGAUCUAUACCUGAGUGUGCGGCUCGUGUGGUGUGUCGGAGACGAGCUUGGCGGUGGUGAUGGAUGGAGAAUUGGAGAAGUCGGAGUAUAUGACCCGGAAAAUGAAGUAGGAUGGGGAAAGGAAGAUAUUGGCUCUGCGGAAACUGCCUUCACAGCCGGAAUUUUACAAGCAUCUACACAAACAAAUGGCGGUCUUCUGAAAGUCUCAAGCGGUGCCAAAGACCUCGAGGAAGAGGAUGACGAUGACGAUGAUUACUGGGCUCAGUAUGACAGCACGCCCGCUCGUACACCCGCACCAAAACAUUCUCCAGCACCUCAGUCCGUGCAAAAGGAUUUAAGGGGCGCUGACGACGAAGACUCGUAUUACGCACAAUAUGCCGAUGUUCAGCCUGCCUUGGAUAACCAUGAUCCAGAUGAGGCAGCACAGAAUGGUACCGUCGAAACAUCUCUUGGUCAGGAUGAUCAAAUCACUUCCACCCUACAACAAAACCUACAAAAUCAUACACAGUCUCGUGAGAUUCAUCCAUGGGGCUCAGAUUCUAGUAGUGGAAUAAUCAAUGGAGGAGAAUAUGUCGAGGUCGUGCAACCACGACCAGGAAGUAGAACUAGCUCAAGUGGAAGUGAGACUGUCGCGAAACUCGAAAAGAGAGCAGAGGCGCGAGAACAAAGUGAGGUGGGCAUCAAGCAACAUAUUUCGACCAGUGUGAAGAGUUUAUACAGAUUAUCAAAAGUAGCUGGGAUUGAGAGGGCAGAAUUUGAUAGGUUGAUUCGGACAGAGUUGGACUGUCUGAGUCUAAUGGACAAGGAUGAUCAGUGA